GCGGGCCGGCGCACGGUCGAUAGCUGGCGAGCGAGCACGGCCAUGGUGCGCGUCACGAGCACGCGCAAGCGGCAUCGACGCGCUGUGUGAGUGUUGUGUUGUGGACCCUCGCCCUUUGACGGCUCCUUGUGCUUUCGGAUGAUUCAAUGAUGCAGCCGUCGCAUGGAGACUAGUUUUACCGAAUCGAAAACCGAUUCAUGUCUUGCGCUGCCUCCACAAGCUAUGUCCGAUUCACGUGAAGGCGAGGGCGGGGGCGGCCGGCGGCGCCGCGCUGCCGCGAGUGCAGGCGUUGCCGCUGGCGCUGGCGCUGGCGUGACUGCUGGCGUGGGCGCUGGCGUGAGCGUGGGCACUGGCGUGGGCGCGAGAGUUUCCGUGAGCGCGGGCGAGGCGGGCUCGGGUGCGGCGUCGCGCGGUAUGCGGCGCCGUCCGCUUCUGCUGUUGCUGGCGUUGGCGCUGCUUCGUGCACACGGCCUGCUCGCUGCAUCUGCAGAAGCCGAUUACACUCUGGACGAUUCGUUCUGGAGCGAAGAUAUAUUCGGUUUAAAGGACGAGAAAUCUGAUGAAGUUGAGCGACUGUUACGAGAGUUCUACCAAAACCAGGAGUUGGUCCGCAACAUCGGCUCGCACUAUUACCAGAUCAUCUACCCUGUACAGCUGCGACAUCACGAGAAGAUGGGCAUCUCCACCAGAGAAGUCAGCACUAACAUCAAGGGACGUUCCGAUCACCAACAGGGCGCAAGGCCGCGAGCUCGGACUGGAAAGCACUUUCACCGCACGUCACUGCUUAUCAAAGCCUUCAACCACAAGUUCCGUCUUGACCUCGAGCUUAACACGCAACUGCUAGCACCAAAUUUGAAGCAAACACAGUACCUCGCUAACGGCGCUGAGAGCGAGGUCCGAACGGAGAUUGAACAUUGCUACUAUCAUGGUACAGUCAAAGACUAUCCUGGAGCGUCAGCCGCCUUCCACACUUGUAAUGGAGUGUCGGGUGUCAUUCAUAUUGGAAACGAAACCUUCGUCAUACAUCCCUUCUACGGCGGCGAUCUAUCAAAACAUCCUCACGUUAUAUUCGAGGCGAGGACGAAGGUGAACCGAGGGUGUGGCAACAAGCUGGACUACAACCGCAAACAAAACAGACGCACAAAACAUGUGGAGUUCGUUCAGACUAUGCUGACAGACGCCACGGAAUAUACAGGGAGAACGAUGGAUUGGUGGAAAAGCGGUUUGAGUUCCCGGGGCAUAAGAAGGUUCAAAAGGGAUGUUCGAGAAACGACGAAAUAUAUUGAAACAGCUCUGGUCAUUGAUAAAGCUAUGUUUGACAGACGAAAUGGCAGCACUCGGUCGGAAGUCGUUCAUGACGCAAUCCAAGUAGCGAAUAUCGCUGAUUUGUACUUCCGUACCCUGAACACUCGUGUGUCUCUGGUGUACAUCGAGUCCUGGCAGAGCGCUGACCAGGCGGAUAUAGAUAAGAAACAGGACAUCACUAGAGCCAUACAGAAAUUCAGUGACUACUCAGCAAGAAAACUCUUCACGAUUGAGAAAGAUACGACCCAGCUACUAACGGGACAAAACUUUCCUGGAUUUGAGUCUGGCAUAUCAGUUCCCGAUACGAUGUGUACUGCCAAGUCUGUGGGUAUAUCAGUUGAUGGGAACACAUACGAGCCUCAUCUCUUAGCCGGCACCAUGGCACAUAUGAUCGGACACAAUAUUGGCAUGGGUCACGAUGACGGUCGGGAAAACUGCUUCUGCCGUGACUGGCACGGCUGUAUAAUGGCCCAGUCUAUCGUAGGGUUAGAAAACGUGCAACCUUACAAGUUCUCCGAGUGUUCCAAGAAUGAUUAUAUCAACGAGCUUAGAAUUUCACAAGGCCUUUGUCUGCUCAAUAAACCCAAUGAGUUGGUGGUACAUCGACAAUGUGGUAACGGAAGACUGGAUGAGGGAGAGGAAUGCGACUGCGGCACCAUCUCGGAAUGUCAACACAUGAACUCCUGUUGCGAUCCCUUUACCUGCAGACUCACUAAGGAGGCUCAGUGUGCUGAGGGUGAAUGCUGUGAAAAGUGUCAGCUUAAACAUCGCGGGAUAGUUUGUCGGGAAGCGACGAAUGAGUGUGAUUUAGAAGAGACGUGCACCGGUCUUUCUGGAGCUUGUCCAAGUGAUGCGUACCGAAAGAAUGGUGAGCCUUGCGAAUCCGGUAAAGGAUAUUGUUUUGCUGGUCAAUGUCCUACGCUGUCCACACAGUGUGAGAAAAUCUGGGGUCCUGGUGCCAAUGGCGCUGAUAAAGAGUGCUUUGAACAGUUCAACUCCAAGGGUUCGAUGACCGGACAUUGCGGGAAAGAUUCGAGUGGAAAUUUCAUGAAAUGUGAAACUGAGAAUGUGAGAUGCGGUUCUCUUCAAUGUCAAUCCGGGAACAGAUACCCAGUAGUAUCCGGCAUGGAUGAUUACUACACCAGAACUGUUAUCACGAUUAAGGGCCAAGAGUAUGAUUGCAAAGCAACAACUGGUGUCCCUGACCUCGCGGACACAAUGCGCCUGGGGCUGGUUCGUGAUGGCACCCCGUGUGGUGACAACCUGAUAUGCGUCAACCAGACCUGCACAUCCAUCUUCCCAUACAUAGAUCACACGAAAUGUCCCACGGAUCAUAACAAUAACGAAUGCUCGGCAAAAGGGAUGUGUUCAAACCUGAACAAGUGCGUGUGCAACCGUGGCUGGACGGGACCCGACUGCUCACAGCCCGACGCUCUUCCUCCGUCCCCUACUCCGGGUAUCCCCGAGAACACCACCAAGGCCGCUUACAACAUGACCAAGAAAGAGACACCGUACGAGAACUACCACGGCUCGAACACGGUGUUCCUCGUGGCGGUGCUCAUGUCUGUGGUAGGGGGGGUAUUCAUAGUAUUUGCCCUGAGCGCUCUCUGCUACAGGUCAGUCGUAGUACACAAAAACUUCUCCCUGUGCCUAAGGAAAAAGAGCACUCUGCCCAAGUACGAUCCGCCGUACGUGAAAAAACCGAUCGCUAAAAGCUUCGCGGCUGGUUCGACAACAUCCAAUAAUUCUCAAGAGGAUAUAUCGCUAGAUGGAGGGAAGAUGCACUCUUUUAAUAACACAUUCAGCCGAGGGGACUCCCAGCGAGUUAUCUUCAGACACGGGAAUCACAUGUCAGGAGCUGGCACCACCAGCAGAUAUCCAGAUCAUAAACAAAUGAAACGUGUACACUCCGGCAGUGAAGACGAACCGACACACUCUGGAGAAGAAGAUAUAGCCUUUAUAGAUGUAGCACCUAAUUCCAUGGCCAAGUUGCCUGAAAAGGGUAUUUUGAAGAAACACGGAUAUGGAGCGGUAGACGGCAAGGAUAAAUGGGCUGAAGAUUCUCAAUCUGAACAGCUAGAGGCUGGUUCGCAAUCCGAUGGUCAAGAACAUACGGGUGCAGUGGCUGACAUGGAGUAUAAGUUUAAGGAUCUAAACGGAUAUCACGAAAACAUAAUAGUAGCGCUUAAGACUGCAGCCGCCCAACGAGCGAGUGCAGGGCAAGCCGUUGGUUCAGGGGACCUGAGAGCUUUACAGGAAUAUGAAUAUAAACGAGAAAGAGUACCCAGUGCAGAGAAAAUACACGAAACAGAACUUCGGAGACAAAGAGGCGAUGAAGAAGAGGACGAAGCGCCACCGUGCGGGCCCAUCAGAAUCAGGAACUUAGAAGAUUUAAUUAGGCAACUGGAACACCAUUCCAGCAGACAUAUGAGCCCAUCCGGGUCUGAAGAUAUUCGAAUGUCAGAGACCGAAGCCGACCGUCAUUAUAGGAUUGAAGGCGAGGUGCCACCUCGAUGCCGAGGCCGGAUCCCUCCAACGGAAGAGGAGGCCCGUUUCGGCUACCCGCGGUUCAGGGGCAGCACGCGUCAUCAUCCCGCUAUGUUCGGUCCCCCGGCCACCUCCCCGGGCCUGCUAGCCCACGCGUCGCUCGGACCCCACAGCUCUCACCCACUAGCGCACGGAGCUCUUCGUGCCCCACCCGACGAUGACGCUCUGUAUGAAACCGCUGAUGCGGAAAGAUUACGGGAUGCCCCCGACAGUGAGAGUGAUGAAUUUAUUCAAGCUCAACAACAGUUAGCCCGGUGGGCGAGUGAAGAGGCUGUACCCGGCCGCGAGUACUUCCCGUCGCCACACUCCCCGCGCUCCCCGGCCGGCAGCUCCGCCAGCGAGCUUCCAGCCGCCUUCCCCGAGUACAAGCACUGACACUCGACCGGCUCCGGCCCACACCUGAUGGAUAUGUGAAUACGUAAUGAAUGUAAAUAGACGAACUAAUUGCACAGUAUAUUUAACGAUAUGACUGAAAUAAAUAGUUUUAGUGUUACAGCGUGUCUCAGCGCCGCGGCGCCGCCGGACCCUCUUAUGUUACAUGUUUACAUUCGUUUUAACUUGAUACGCUUUAUAACUCUUACUAUGUUUGGUAGUCCGGCGGUGUCGUAGGUCUGUAUGUUAGAGUUACACUCGGUAUUUAAGUCAUCGUUGUAUGUAACUAGUUGUAAGUGUUGCCGGCGCUAGGUCCCGCGUCUGACGAAUCCAACUCCGCGGACUUCGAACCUAGCUUACGAUUUAGAUAGGCGUUUAACAAAUUGACAUAAAAUGAUAUUACGUCGGAGCUUUAAUGUAUCGAGUGUAUUACGUUGAAGUUCUAGCUCGACGAUAUUAAAUAACUGCUAACGAGACGUCACUAACACCGCGCCGCUUUAAAGCGGUGUGCAGCGCUGGCGUGAUCAAACCGUCCCCGGAGAGACGCUCGUGAUUCGACACGCCGUAUCGACUCUCCGAUCCAACGCCCAACUUCAUCGUCAUCGUCACUAAUGAGAACACCAGAUGUGCGUGAGUGACUAACUGUUUGAUAGUUGUUUAGACUCAUGUCACCGGCGAUAUCCAACGGUAAUAGUGUUAACAUUUAACUAGAAACAUUAAAACAUAUUCUAAAAUAGUUACCUAUUUAAUGUGAAUAUAAGUUAUGUGGGAUUUUAUCAAAUAUAUAUGAUGUAUAGUUAUAUGAAACGAAUUUAAACUGGGAUGUAUGUUGAAGUGAGGUCGUAUUCUCAAUGUAAUGUGAAGGUUCGGAUAAUUUUAGAAAAAAAAUCUAGCUUAGACGAUUAGGUAAUAAAUUGAUGUAAAAAUAUGUUAUCCAUUAACGUAACCGAAGGAAAUGAUGUCUAGUGCUAAUUGAAUUAUGUACGAACGGUUACUUAAUAUCAUUGUAAACGCCACAUUACAUUGGAAAUUCCCUAGAAUGUUACAUUUUCCAUUUAUUUUAUUGCUACAAUUUAGGAAGUUAAAGUUUUAACUCCUUGACGCUAGGUUUACGCUAGGUUUACGCUAGAUGGCGUCGCCACACGUUUAGUGACUCCAAUUUAUAAGGUUAAAUAGAAAACAGUAAAUCGAAUAGAACGAAAUGACCGACAUUGGCCCCGCGGAUUUGCGAAUAAUAUUAUUAUUUACAUACAUAUACACACGUAUUAUUUAAUCACCGUUCAGCUUACGAUAUUAUGAAUAAUAAAUACAUCAAUAUUCGUAAACGCAGCCCGGCGAAUGUCGUUCAUGAAUGCACCUAAAACGUUUGAAAAACGGAACGUUUUAAGUAAUUUAUCUCUUAGAUAAUUGUUAUGAUAUAAAUAACUAAUAUUAAAUAGGUAUCUAGGUAUCUAAUUACGCGUACAGGGUAGUGAUGAAUAUAUUACUCUGCGACUGGGAGAGACACUCGUGGCGAUGCGAGCACGGGAGUACUGUAACGGCUCAUAUAACUGGUAGAUAUACAAUAAUAUCCGUAGACUAACAUGUUCAAACAUAGAUUAGGGCAUAGUUUAAGGAGGUUUAAUAUUAUUAAUGAUUUUUUUGCACAAUAAAUUAAAUUGCUUUAAGUAUUAUGUAGAUUAAUCGAUGUAAAUAGUAUCUACAUCAUGCACGUUAUUUUAUAUAGCAUCACACGAUAGGCACUUUUAUAUAACGGGUUAUGUGUAAAAGGGAGGAAUGUUACUGCCAACUAAAUGUCGAUUAGGAAAAAUAAUAGUUGUUAAGUGUGUUUUGCAUUAACUCAUAAAUGCAAGAUAUAUUGUAAGCAUUGUAUAAGGGAAUAUAUUGAUAACGUGUGCGAGGCGUAUGUCGCUGAUGUACAGUCGACCCACAAGUGUGCCAUUUGUGUGCGAGUGUCAACCCCAGGAGGCGUCGCGUGCGCGCCCUUAUAGCUACAAACACACAUGCGCGGUUAAACUUAAUAAUAAUAAGGUUAUCUAUAAUAACAUUUUAAUUUAAAGAUGAUAAACAGAACACCGAUUAUUUAUAUGUAAGAUACCCUCUGGAAGUCCGUUUUAUUGAUAUUGUUAUUGGAAAUCGAAUUCGUAUAUCGGCUGUAAGUGGUAAACCUUAGUGUGUGUGGCACUGUCAUAUAUGGCAUCCCGCGCAUGCGUGUUGCGCGCAGGCCUAAUUCGUCAAUUGACGUCGCCGAUUCGGGCAUUGCUCACGGUUGUGAUCCAGUUGGUUGCGAAUCUUCGUAUUUUAUUUAUUUUUGAAGGGACGUACAAUUAAUUAAACUUUCCCUGAAUUUUAACCAUAAUCUGCUCCGAUAAAGCGAGGCCUCACAGUGAUGUUGAACAAAUGCAUUGAUCUUAUUUGGAAAACCUUUCGGAGUGUACAACACCAAUUGAAUACUUUUUAUUAGCUAAAUUUUUAAAUAUCUUUAAAAGAAGUAAUUACAUACUGUGAUAAUUUGAUUAAUUUAGAUUAAGAUAGGUUUUAAACAUGUGGUUGUCAUUUCAAAGAGUAAACUAUUAACGACAUACAUAGCAACAGUUUAUUUCUCUGAUAUUUUUAAUAAUUAAGUUUCUAAUCUUUUUUCAUUCAUAAAAAAACUUAUUUAAUGCUGUUCAAAAUAAAUAUGAGGUUUUCGAUCAUUUUCCGUAUUAUUUCAUGAACCGGGAUGCUCUGAAUCAAAAUACAAACUACGUGGAUUUGCAAUCACUAUCACUACCUAACAACUGAUCUAGUGUUGUUAAUAUUAAGUAUUUAUGUAAAAUAAAAUACGAAUUUUAAACGACAAAUGAAAGUUGAUACGUUGUUUUUUUCAGUUUUUAUUUUGUCCUU